GCUGCCCUCCGCCUACUUCUAUAGCACCGGUGCGAAGAUCACAACAGCUCCACUUUUCACCUCCUGCGCGCGUUUAAAUCCCGCUACACACUCAUCCCUUUUUCACACCGGCCGCCUUCUCCAGGCAUGGCAGACGGCCCUGUCCCAUCAUGGCAGUGCGACAUUACACCCUCGACUUCAAGCUCUCUGCACCAGCUGACCAUUCUGCGACUGUUCGUGGCCUGCAGUCUAUAUUUCAAGAGCAGGAAAUGACAGAAACUGUUCAUGACACAGAGGGACAUGGAUACUUGGCCACAUUUAUUGGCAAGAAUGGCAGAUUUGCUAUCCUGAGACUGCUCUCUCAAGGUCUGGUGACUUUUGACCUGCAGUGUUGUGAAGGAGACGAUUUAGCACAAGUGGACAGUCUACUGAAUGCACUAGAGACGAAGCUGAACAUCCUGCUACAUGGAACUAUCCAGAGGGUGAAGAGGCUCCCUGCGCUGCAGCGAGGGGGAGAGGUGGACAGGUACUGGCCUACAGCUGACGGCAGGCUCAUAGAAUAUGACAUCGAUGAAGUUGUGUUUGAUAAAGACUCUGUGUACCAAAACAUCAAAAUCCUGCACUCGCAUCAGUUCGGCAAUAUCCUCAUCCUCAACGGGGACGUUAAUUUAGCAGAAAGCGAUUUGCCCUACACACAGGCCAUUAUGGGCAAUGGCAGAGAGCAUUACGCUGGGAAAGAGAUCCUGAUCCUGGGUGGAGGAGAUGGAGGCAUCCUUUUUGAAGCCGUCAAGCUCAAACCAAAGAUGAUCACCAUGGUGGAAAUAGACCAGAUGGUGAUCGACGCAUGCAGGACACACAUGAGGAAGACUUGUGGGAAUGUUCUGGAUAACUUGAAAGGGGAUUGUUAUGAAGUUUUGGUAGAGGACUGUGUUCCAAUACUUAAAAAGUUUGUAGAAGAGGGAAGGACAUUUGAUUAUGUCAUCAAUGAUCUAACCGCAAUCCCCAUUUCUACAGCACCUGAGGAGGAGUCAACGUGGGAAUUCCUGAGGCUCAUUCUGGAUCUAUCAAUCAAAGUUCUACGACCUACUGGCAAGUACUUUUCCCAGGGUAACUGCGUGAAUCUCACUGAGGCACUUAGUGAGUAUGAGGGGUUGCUGAGAAAGCUUUCAUGCAAGGUAGAUUUCUCCAAAGAGGUGGUGUGUGUUCCUUCCUACCUAGAGUUAUGGAUGUUCUACACCGUUUGGAAGAAGUAACACUUGGUCACUGCUUGCUGACGCUUCACCCUUCGAUGCACUGAGGGGAAACAUGCACACAUUUCUCCAUGCACUGUUUUACUCUCCCUCUGCACCCUCCUUUUUUUAGAUGCCAUUUUUUAUUUUUAUUUUUGAAAUCACACAAUGAUUGUAUGUUUGUUUUAAGUUUGUUAGAAGAUGUACUGUGCGGUUGCUCUAUAUUGACCCGUUAGUGAACACUGUGGCCCUGUGUGUUUUUGUGUGUACGCGAAAGGACACGACGCUGCAGAUUACACUGAAACCUGAAGGGUAAUUAAGCAAGUUUUCCACCUGAGUGCAGUGAACCAUCAGACAACCGACUUUUUGCAUUCUGAUUUUAUGAUAAAUUAUGCUUUUUACUGUAGCUUCACUGAUCUUGUUGUGUGUGUUUACUUUUUUCCUUCCUUUUGUUACUGAGCUUUGAGUGUGAUUUGACCCACUGGAAAUUUAAUAGCAGUGUUGAUGCUGAGGGUGCUCCAGUAGGAUCCUUUCUGUUUAAUCACUUGUUAAAAGGGAAAAGGGUUCUGCAGUGGCAGAGUUUAUUUAAAAUUUAAUAAGCUGAACUGUGAAUUUUUUUUUUAAAAAUUAUUUGUACAUUCAAGUUUGUUUUCUGUGCAUUUGCCACAUGUGCUUGAAGGAAAGAGGCUUUCACUGAAUGUAGUUCCCACAUAUUUGCAUUUAAAAUCCAUAUUAAGGUGUUUCAUUUACCUUAUUUAUUUGAUUUUGAUUUAUUUCAGCGAAUACACCGUAAUUUUGCUCUGAAAACAAACAAACAAAAAAACAACAAUGAGGUAACCAGAGUGAUACACAGCUAUUAAAGAAACUUGGAGAGAACUUUUACUGGCUGCAGACAUGUCUAUCAAAUUUAUUUUUUACUGACAUAUACAAUAACUGAAUAUGGUUGAUAAACAGAGGGGGAUUCGAAUUGAAGAUUCAGUUCAGCCUAUUUAUGAUGAUGAAAUGCUUUUGGAAGAAAAAACAUAAGGUACAGAGGUAAAUUGAAUAUUUCAUUAAAACUAUUCCCAUGACCCAUCA